GUGAACGCCCAUGGAGACUCGUGUUUGUAGAAACCAGACAUAACACACCUCUGACAGCUGCAGAACAUGGACUCGACGAAUAAACAGAGCUCAAUUAACCAACUUCAGGAGCAAAUUCGCUCUCUGACUGAAGAAAAUGUUCAGCUGCGGGAACGAAAUGAAGUGUUGUUUAGUAAGCUAGACUCAGCCCAGAACAAACUGGGCCAGCAGGCUGCGUCAAAAAGCGACCUGUCAGUCAAACUGGUCCAGUGUGAGGAAGACAAACUGAAGAUCUCAAAAGACCUUGUUGAUGUGCAGAUUGAGGCCAAUAAAAUGAGAGAGCAGUAUGAAGCGGAGAUUUUUAAACUGAAAAACAUGGUUUUAUCUCAGGAGGGCACCGUCUCGUCUCUUCAGACAGAGUGUGACCGGCUCAGACAGGAAGUGUCGGCAGCAUCGGCACAUUUAGAAGUCAUUGAGCGGAGUGAGCGUGACCUGGCCGAAGAGUACGGCAUGCUAAAGAGCAACUUCCUGUCGCUGAGUGGCGCUUACGAAAGAGAACGCACACACUCAGAGGAACUCAGCGCCGAGCUGCUUGCCCUCGCGCACACACACGACACGCUCCUGCAGGAGAGAGAGCGCACACACAGACACAUGCUGGAGGUGGAGAGGGUUCGAGCGCUGCUCAGCAGGACGUCCCACAACAGAGUCAGGCCAGAGGAGCUUGAACAGAGCAAGAGCCAACUGGAAAGAAACGGAGUGCAGAAUAAUCUGAGAGACGAGUUAGACAAACUGAGGAAAAGCUACGAGGGGCACCAACGACAGCUAGAGGAGAAAGUUGUGGCCAUGGGGAGGGAACAGCAGGAGAAUAAGAGAGCCAUUCAAAACACCCGACACGAGCUGUCCCAGCAGUCUGCAACGUUGAUUACUUCUCAACAUCAGCUGAAGGAGGCUGAGGCUGAGUUCUCUAAACUACAAAAUCAUCUGAAGGAACUCAAUAGAGAGUACAGGGCACGACUUACACGCUACAUUCAGGAUGUUACAGAGUGUGUAACUGCAGCCGGUGAUGGUGAUUUGGGACAGAAGUUGAAGGGGUUUGUUGAGUCCAUGCUGGAGGAGGUGAAAACAUCCCAUCGCUCCAGAGAGGAACAGCUCACCAAAGCCGUCAGAACGUACCGCAAACGCGUACAGGGCCUGAGUAACACGUAUCAACAACUACUCAUUGCUUACAGACUGCAACGUGAGCAGAUCCUGGCACUCCCUGAACACGCUUUAGAGGCCGGACCCCCUGAGGCCCAUUUCAGUCCCGCGGGGACCGAACUGAGAGGAGAGACCGAGAGAGAGCUACACAGACUGAGAGAGGACAAAGCCCGCCUGGAGAGCCAACUGAAACUGGCUCGAGAACAGAUGGCUGUAUCAACAGAGUCUUCUCAGAGGGUUGGACUAACUCAAGACGCCUGGAAUGAUGUUCAGAAGCAGAUCAGAAAAAUAACCAACACCACACAGGAAGCUCAAGAGAGGGAGCGUUCCCAACUGAUCACAAGGGCGACAGUUGCAGAGGAGCAGGUGUCUGAGCUAAAGGAGUAUGUGGACAAUCACCUGGGCAGGUAUAAACUGGAGAUAAUGCGGCUGCGCAGGUUGCUGGGAUCACAGGAGGGAAGAUCAAAUAGUGCAAGAACACAUAAGCCCCGCCCUCUUCACAAAUCACUCAAAAGCAGCAGUUAUGAAAUAUAGUGCAGCAGUGCAUAAGCCCCGCCCACCCCACAAAUGAAUCAAAGGCAGCAGUUUUUAAAUAUAGUUCAGGACUUCGUAAGCCACGCCUACUUCAAAAUUCACUCUAAAAUAGCAGUUAUAAAAUAAUGUGCUGCUAUCUAUAAGCCCCGCCCACUUCACAAGUCACUCAGAAACAGCAGUUAAAAUAUAGUACAGGACUUAACAAGCCCCGCCCACUUCACGUAACUCAAAAGCAACAGUUAUGAAAUAUAGUUUGCAGCAGCGUAUAAGCCCCGCCCACUCCACACAUCAAUCAAAAACAGCAGUUUUUUAAAUACAGUGUAGGACUUAAUAAGCCCUCCUCACUCUGUAAACCAGUCAGCAACAACAUUUAUGAGAUAUAGUGCAGUACAUGAGCUCCGCCCACCCUGUAAAUCCAUCAACAAGGGCGGUUAUGAGAUAAACCACUGAAAAAGUGCUAAUGCUGUUAGACAGCCAGCAAAAAAACAUGAUUUGGUUAGUAAUUUCAGCUGAUAAUAUGAAACUAAUGGUGUGAUAAGCUUUCUUAAGCCUAAUUAAAAUAAUCAUAAACAGCAUUAGCCAAUCAUGAAGUGUGUUUACAUGCAAAUCUUAUGUCAUUUAAAUCAUUUUAAAUCUCUUAACAUCUAGAUUCUGUUUUGUAUUUAAACACUUUUAUCAUGUCUGUUUACGUUCAGAUGCUUUUUCUUGUGAUUUGGGUUCAUUGAUUUGCAUGCAAACCCUAAAAACAGGGUUAUAGAAUAGACGAUUUUUGAUCAUUAUCAGGGUUUUGUUGUACAUGUUAACACUUGUUAAUGCCGUUAUUUGCAUUUCAAGUGCAUUUUUACUCAUGUUUAAUGCUAAACUCACAAAUGUCUCAUUUCAAGAAGUUUGGAUUUUGCACUUAACUACUAAUUCAGAUAAAAUAGUUUAUUGUAAUUACUGAUAAUUUGUUAUUGAUUUAUAGUUUUAGAUUUAUAGCAAGACAAAUUUUGGAAGAAAUUCCAACAAUAAAGUGCAAUUGAAUUGAAUUGAAUAGCUGAAUCAUCAAAAUGAAACAACAGCAAUAUGACUUGUACUGCAUGUGUUUAAAUCCUUUAGAAACACGUGUGUGUGAUUGAAUUUGCUCUUCCUUCCUGAGAAACUAUGUGUGGAAUGUUUGUAAAGCUUAUGUCAAUGUUAUGGGCUGCGAGAAUGAAAGGCUGCUGACAAUUAAUUGUCUGACGGGUUAAGAUCAUUUCAUUACAGAGCAUGUAGUUCCCUGAGAAACAUACGACACUGAGUGACAGACGUGUUAUUUGUACACAAAAUAAAUCGAUUGCAGUGGUUUCAUGGGCUAGUCGUA